UCUGUUUGACAGACUUGAAAGCGUCGCGACCGGCUGCGGUCACAAAUCACAAACAUCGUGAAUCAAUUCCCAGUUGUUUGAAAUCAAAAAGUGAAAAAGUUUGAAUUUCAUUUUUGGCAUCAAAAUGGCCCCCCUCAGCGAACAGGAAAUGAAGAAAUGGCGGGCGGUGGCCGGUUUGAACAUCAUUCUCGGCUCAAUCGUCGCCAAUGUCCAGGUGGCCACUUUGAUUUCGCUUCACGAGUUGGUCGGCUGGAUCAGCAUUGGCAUCUGGGGCGGAGUUUUCAUGAUAUCGGCCGGCACUCUCACCAUCCGAAGAAAUCCCAGGUUGAAGUCCAUAUCUAUUUGCGCUUUGCUGAGUGGAGUGGCAUUGAGCAUCUUCUACACAUGGAACCUCAGCGCUAAUUAUUCCGGGUCUGACUGCUAUUACGCCGACGACAGUUUGUGUGAUUGGCGGUUGGCGGCCGACAUUAUUUUCAUCGUUUGCGGCUGCCUGGCCUGGAUUGUCAACCUGCUCUUGACCAUGAACGCAAAGGCGAUCGUCAUUGUCCAGCCGAUUGUCCGUUACCCAGUCAAUAACGUCUACCCGAUCAGCACGACCAACACGACGUACAUAGCGACCAGGACCCAGCACCCAGCCGGCUACCAGCAGACCGUCUACCAUCAGGAGCCGGUUGUGACUGAUCCAUCCAACAACACGAACAAUGGCGUCAUCUACCAGACGUCGCCGCCCGGCUAUCCGCCCGUGAAUAAUAACCAACAGCAACAGCAACCGGUGUACUACAUUCACACCAGCAAUCCGCCAGCUUACAGCGCCACCACUAACGUUUACUAGAAACGGCGCAUCAAAUUGUCUGUCGUUAUGUAUACAAUAUAAUACGUCACUUGUCCUGCAUCAUAUUAAAAUAUCCAUUUGAUCAAAGUAAAUGUUGCAAUAAUUUAAUUCGAUAAGUGUGAAUCCCAUUCUUUGAUGCAAUUCGAAAUAUAAACGGUGUACGA